GAAAUGUAAGGAGCUACGUGCAGGAAGCAUAAACCCAGGACGUCUGGAAGGAAUUAGACGCUGAAGAAGUAGUAAAAGUAGCGUGGUUGGGCAGUUCAUGACUUUAACCUGUAUUACCUACAGCUCUUCUCACCAACAUUGACUACUGUUGAAUGACAGUUUUUUCUUUUUUUCUUUAUUUUGUUUAUUUCUUUUAUUCGUUGUAUAUAUUACACUUAUGCCAAAGUUGACUAACAAGAUGAUGUGUAUACAUUUAAAAUGUAUACAUUAUAUAAUUAAUGUAUGCAAAGAGAGAAGUUAAAAGAAGAAAAAAAAAUGCAAUACUUGAAUUCAUGUUUUUAACCGUUCACAGCAAGGAGACUUGGAAAAUUGCACAAACUUUUUUCUUUAUGAAGAUACAUUUUAUGAAGCUUCAUGAGUGUUUCUGCAAAGGUGACUCAAGAAGACACGUUGCUGAGAAGUUUUCUCCAAGUUGAACGCUGCUAACCGAGUCUAUGCUGACUGCAUCCAUUUAAAGAAACGGCACAGCCACACACAGCUACUUCAAGAUGAAAUGUGACAAAGCUCUCACCUACCUAAGAAUUUUCGGGACGACAAUGUUUGGAGUCUCGCUCCUCGUGGGGAUCUCUACCGCCUACAUAAUGGGCUACCAGUUUUUCACCACGGCACGAAACCACUUGUCCUUCGGGCUGUACGGGGCCAUCCUGGUCAUCCACCUUAUCAUCCAGAGCCUGUUUGCUGUCCUAGAACACCGGAACAUGAGGAGAUCCAUGGAGACGCCCAUCAAACUCACCAAAUCACUGGCCCUGUGCAUUGCAGCCUAUCAGGAGGACCCGGCCUACCUGAGGAAGUGUUUGGUAUCGGUCAAGAGGUUGACCUACCCGGGCAUCAAGGUCAUCAUGGUGAUCGACGGGAAUAACGAGGACGACAAGUACAUGAUGGAGAUCUUCCGGGAGAUCAUGGGGUGGGAUAAAGCCACCACGUAUGUCUGGAAAAAUAACUACCACCACCGAGGAUCUGAGGAGACGGACGAGAUGUACGCUGAGAGCCUGCAGGCCAUCUCGCGCCUUGUGCUCAAUAAUAAAUGUGUCUGCAUCAUGCAGAAGUGGGGAGGCAAGAGGGAAGUAAUGUACACAGCCUUCAAAGCCCUGGGGAGGAGUGUGGACUAUGUUCAGGUGUGUGACUCUGACACUAUGCUGGAUCCUGCGUCCUCUGUGGAGAUGGUGAAGGUUCUGGAGGAAGACCCCAUGGUGGGAGGAGUGGGAGGAGACGUCCAGAUCCUGAACAAAUACGAGUCCUGGAUCUCGUUUCUUAGCAGCGUCCGUUACUGGAUGGCCUUCAACAUCGAGCGAGCGUGUCAGUCCUACUUCGGCUGCGUCCAGUGUAUCAGCGGACCACUGGGAAUGUACAGGAACAACCUGCUCCACGAGUUCAUAGAGGAUUGGUACAACCAGACCUUCAUGGGCAGCCACUGUAGCUUCGGUGACGACCGCCACCUCACCAACCGCGUGCUGAGCCUGGGCUACGCCACCAAGUACACGGCCCGGUCCAAGUGCCUGACCGAGACCCCCAUCACCUACCUGCGCUGGCUGAACCAGCAGACCCGGUGGAGUAAGUCUUACUUCAGAGAGUGGCUCUACAACGCCAUGUGGUUCCACAAACACCACCUCUGGAUGACCUACGAGGCUGUCAUCACCGGGUUCUUCCCCUUCUUCCUCAUCGCCACGGCGAUACAGCUGUUCUACCAGGGGAGGAUCUGGAAUAUCCUUCUCUUCCUGUUGAUCGUCCAGGCAGUCGCCCUCAUCAAGUCCUCCUUUGCCUCUUGCAUGAGGGGCAACAUCGUCAUGGUCUUCAUGUCCUUCUACUCAGUGUUGUACAUGUCCAGUCUGCUACCGGCCAAGAUGUUCGCUAUCGCCACCAUAAACAAGGCUGGCUGGGGCACGUCAGGGAGGAAGACGAUCGUGACUAACUUCGUAGGGCUCGUUCCCAUAUCGGUCUGGUUCACCAUCCUCUUCCUUGGCAUUAUCUAUACGGUCGUCCAGGAAACCAGAAAAGAUUUUCCUUUUCCAGACUCUGAAAAGAUAGUCUUAAUCGUUGGUGCGAUAGUGUACGCCAGCUACUGGGUCAUGCUCUUGACGUUGUACAUGGUACUGAUCACUAAAUGUGGCAAGAGGAAGAAAGAACAGCAGUAUGAUAUGGUGCUGGAUGUAUGACAUCUUCCUCCUUUCCUCCUCCUCCUCCACUGAAACUCCUCGAUUGGGUCUUAAACGCCACUCUAUUUCCUGUGUAGUGCACUACUUUUGACCAGGGUCCAUACAGGGUUCUGGUCAAAAAGAGUAACACACUUUUUCCGGAUCAGGGUGCAGUUCGAGACGCAGACAUUCUCCCUCUCAACGUUUACAAAGUGAAGAAUCUCAAACUGCUCAUUGAUUGUUGGACUCUCGGCAGGUGACGUGAAGUGACGAUGCCAGAAGAGCGAUAUAUCAUUGCUGCUGCGACUGACUGCAACAAGAAACUACAGAUAUUUCCUUCUGAAAUAUUAAUGAUGAUGAGGUAAAAAAACACUUGUUGGUGAUGUGUUUUGCCAAAUGGAAAACCACCAAAUGGACAUCCUGUUUUUCCACAUAGAUACACAGAGAUGAUAUGCAUAAUGUCCUAUGCACUUUUACGUCUCACUCCCAUUGUGCAUAAUGCUUGACAGAGUCAUUUGAAGAUGAAAUACCUCAGUGGUUAUGCUUUUCAUUGUAUGAGUGAGUGAUCGGGAUGCACCCAGAAAAUGGCUCGUUCUUGAUUAUAACAUAAUUUAUGAUGUUUUUUGGUCAUAUUUGUCCUCUCUUUUUUUAUACACAGUUGUUAAUGAAAGUCAAAGCUGGAAUUUCUCAGUUCUUUGGCCAUGCUGUAUCUGUUGACGUGUUACUUUGUAAUUUACAUAUUAUAUUUUAAUGCCUUUUUAUAUAGACUUUUUUAAAUUCUAUUUUUGCUUUAAUAAACACCAAAGAUUCUUUA